AUAAAAUCGGGAAUCAAAACCAGCAGGGCCGGUGAAAUAUGUUUGCUAUUAUGCUUUGUCAUCAGUUGUUUCAGUUAUUUCUUCAGUAAUGUCGUUCACAACAACAAUCCGUGAGGGUGGCAAAAACUUUCUUGUGUGAGUGUAACUUCUGACGGGCUGCUGUCGCUUUUUGAUGCCGUCCGUUGGUCGUAGCGGUGCGAUGAUUAUCUCACAACAGUUGUCAGCUUUCAAAGCUUCGUAGGUCGUGCAUUCGUUUGCGUUAGUUAGUGCUAAAAGCCAGGGUGGAUUGCGACCAAGGCAAGAGUUCGUCGCCUAUGCACACAGUUGUAGCUGCUGGAGUUUCGGUUGAUUGGAUCAUCAAUUGAUUCAAUUUGUUUUUGUUUUUGUUUUUUGUAAUAUGCACCGACCGUUGAGUUUUUUUUUUAUAAUUGGAAUGAUUUCUUAUGAAUGUUAGAAGCAUAUUGGAUAAGUUGGCUACCGGACUCAGAACAUGCCCGCCAACCAAGUCGGACGUCAGACGAAUCCUCAAGGACCAAAUCAACCCUACUAUAGUAGUACGAAUCAACAGCAAAACCCACAACAACAAACGCAACAGCAACAGCAUCAACAACAGCAGCAGCAGCAGCAACAGCAACAGCAACAGCAACAACAACAACAACAACAACAACAACAACAGCAACUACAGCAGCAACAACAGAUGAAUCGGAAUCCAUUAGGGCAACAGCGGCCCAUGAAUCCCAACCAGCAGAUGCAAGCUCAAACGCAACAGCAGCAGAGGAUGGGUGGUCCAGUGCCUGGUCAGCAAAUGACGCCUCAAACGAUGCCAGCGUUUCCGGCUCACCUGGUAGGAGCGUCUAAAAAGCCGCGAUACUUUAUGGCACUCUUCGACUACGAUCCAGCAACGAUGAGUCCCAAUCCGGACGCAUGUGAAGAGGAACUGCCCUUCAGCGAGGGUGACACAAUAAGGGUCUACGGCGAUAAGGACCCUGACGGUUUCUACUGGGGUGAGUUGCGAGGUCGAAGAGGUUAUGUUCCGCACAAUAUGGUUCAGGAGAUUGAAGAUGGUGCUCAGGGUGGCGUUGGACCAUCGGUACGAGGCAUCAGUCGAGAUCGAUGGGGCGAUAUCUAUGCCAACAUGCCGGUAAAGCGGAUGAUUGCCAUGUACGAUUAUGAUCCGCAAGAGCUAAGUCCAAAUGUGGACGCCGAGGUGGAAUUAAGUUUCCAAACCGGCGCCGUCAUACUCGUGUAUGGCGAAAUGGAUGAAGACGGUUUCUACAUGGGCGAGCUAGAUGGCGUACGUGGUCUGGUCCCAUCGAACUUCCUCAGAGAUACAAACGACCAGUUUAGUAAUCAAGGCCCCAAUGCCAACAAUAUGGCCCAGCGUGCACUCAAUAGCAACAACAAUCGGGCACGAGCGAUAGGACCCGGUGCACGUGGACCUCCACCUCCGCCACGGGACAACAUGGGCGGCAUGGGUGGCUUGACUCAACGGGGCCCACAACGGAAAGAUGCUCGCCCUUCUUCCCCUACACUGUUAGACAACACGGGCCACCCUGCCCCCGAUCACCAAACGCAGGGGAUGCAGGGGAUAGGAGGGAUGAUCGGUCAAGGGAUAGGGAUCGGUGGUAAUGUUGGCGGAAUGAAUAACAUGCAGCAGCAAACGCCACUACAACAGCAGCAACAGAUGCGCCAACAACAGCAACCCAUGAUGCAACAGCAACAGCAAAUGCAACAACCACAGCAACAGCAACAACCUACAACCACAGCCUCAUCCGGUGGUGUCUUUUCUACAGCUAGCAACCUUCUGUCCGGAGCCGCCGGUGCCGCAACCGGUGGUCUGUUUGGCAAGAAGCCGGCCGCUCAGACCCAACAGCAGCAACCCGGUGGUGGUCCGAUGAACCAACAGCCCCAGCAACAGUCAUCCGGUCCAUUUAGUAGUUUAGGUAUGAACAUGGGCAUGGGAGGUGGCCAGCAGCAGCAGCAACAGCAACAGCAACAACAGCAGCAGCAGCAACCUGGCCAACCUGGUCAACCCGGCCAACCAGGCCAGCCUGGUCAACAACAAGGUGGACCCAACAUAAUGGGCAAAAUUCAAGAGAUGGCAGCUCCAGGCGGGGACAUGCUGUCCAAAGGCAAAGAGCUACUAUUUAUGAAAUUUGGUCUCGGUGGUAAAUAACCCCAGGCAUUUAGUUCACAACAUUAUAAUUAUAGUUAUUAUUAUUGGAGCUGUAAUGAACCUAGACUAUACUGUACAUUAUUAUUGCUAUGAAUUACUCUCAACAUUCCGAAUCCUAAAAACGAGAACACAAUACGGGACGAACUUAUUGUAGCAAAAAAUCGUAUCCGCAAAUGAAAGGAACAAAUAAUAGGCUAGUAAGUUUAAUGCAGAUGAAAAAAAAAGAUUAAGAAAAUCGUUGACGAAAGCUUUUUGUUCAUUCAAAUGGAGGCAAGCAAAAUUUUCAACUGUAAAUACUACAAACGUAAGAUUUAUUUUGGUUUGAAAAAAAAAUGUUAAAGUUCUAGCAUUCUAGUGAACCAGAAACAUGAUCACGCACACGUAUUUUUCGCGGCAUUUUGACGAGAGUUAGGAUUGAUUUAGGUCAAAGUUAAUUUCCUCAGAUUAGCAUUUAUUUGUUCUUCAUUUUGGGAAGGUUUGGCAAAAUAUUGUCCCUUCCAGAAAGUAACCGUAGUCGUUUCUAUACAAAACUGUUUGAAUAUUGUUGUUUUUAUUUUUAUUGUACUUCGGUCUGGUUUGAUAAAUUGAUACAAAGAGUAAAGGUUAAAAUUAUACAAUGUUGUAGUUAUUACCAGACAUAAAAGACAAGUUCUAACAUUAAGAUGAGUGAUCAAAAAACAAAGUGAAUGAAAAGGUGAUAUUUACAUUUAAAGCAAAUCAUUACCCAUAUCAUUCCAUAUAAAUAUUAUUAUAAAUAUAUCAUAUAUAUUUAAAAGAUGAACAAAAAAAAAUCAUGCUUCAAAGUGCUGUUCAACAUUUAGAGUUACAUUUCACCGCAAUCAAUCCUAAUCAACAAUUCAACAUUCACCACUCAUCAUUUCAUGCUAGCGAAUAAAAAAAAACAAAAA